CUCUCUCCCUGUCUCUCUCUCUCUCUCUCUCCCUGUCUCUCUCUCUCUCUCUCUACCCGGGUACGUCGGGUUCCACCGGCGCGCGGACAGCCUUCCCUCCAUGGAACCUUCGUGUACCGGUGGAACGUUACCGAGCAGCUGGAACGGGUUUACCGGACACUUUAACGGCGUUCUGACGUUCACCGGCUCCGGUACCGGCUCCGGUACCGGCUCCGUGUCUCCGGCUGAUAUGUGUUCCCGAACUGUUGCCACAAGUGGAUAUUAGCCGGUGUUUAUCCCGGGUCGGACCCGGUUCUGUGAGUGUCCCGGGUUAAAGGAAGAGAAUGCUGACCCGGGUCAGUGUGGUUCUGCUGUCCGCGGUCUGUAUGUGGAGCCAGGGCCAGCGCUUGGACCACAACAGCUGGGCGGACCGGGCCGUGUUGUCUGAUGGUCUCUGUCGCUAUGGUAACAACAUGGAGUGCUGCUGGGGCUGGAGACAGGUGGACUGGGGACGCUGUCAACCUCACUGUCAGCAGGGUUGUAAACAUGGAGAGUGUGUCGGACCAGACAGAUGCAAAUGUCACCCAGGAUACACCGGCAAGGCCUGUAACCAAGAUCUGAAUGAGUGUGGUGUGAAGCCUCGGCCCUGUAAGCAUCGCUGCAUGAACACGCUGGGCAGCUACAAGUGUUACUGUCUGGACGGAUACGCAGCGCAGCCGGACGGCAGCUGCAGGAAUGCUCGCACCUGUUACCAUGCCAACUGUCAGUACGGCUGUGAGGUCGUCAAGGGGGCGGUCCGAUGCACCUGUCCGUCACCGGGGUUACGGUUAGGACCGGACAGACGCACCUGUGUGGACAUCGACGAGUGUGUGUCGGGCGGCGCCGUGUGUCCUCGUCGCAGGAAGUGCGUGAACACUUUUGGGAGCUUCGUGUGUAAAUGUCACCUCGGCUUCAAACUCACGUACAUCAACGGACGGUACAGCUGCAUCGACAAGGACACUCGGCCGUUCUGUUCUCUGAAUCCAGUCUCUCUGAAGUGUCGGUGUAAAGACGGCAGCUGUGCAGCUGUCCCCAAAGUCACUGUGGAGCCCCAGAGACCGAGAACUACAAGAACUACAACUCCCACUACCUCUGCUCCUCUUACUACAACCGCACCGGCUCAGACGACCACCACGACAACCGCCGCCCCGACGACAACCGCUACAACAACGUCUACUACCAAAACAACCACUGUAAUACCCACUAUGAUACCCACUACAGUACCCACUACAAUACCCACUACAGUACCCACUAUGAUACCCACUACUACAACCACUCUAAUACCUACUACCACCACUACUACUACACUACCUGUUACUGCUACCACUACCGCCACAACAACGUCAACAACCACUCCAAUACCGACUACCUCCACCAUUACCACAACUACUACCACAGUGCCCACUACACUACCCACUACAGUACCCACUACAGUACCCACUACAGUACCCACUACAGUACCCACUACACUACCCACCACAGUACCCACUACAGUACCCACUACAGUACCCACUACACUACCCACUACAGUACCCACUACACUACCCACCACAGUACCCACUACAGUACCCACUACAGUACCCACUACAGUACCCAUUACAGUACCCACUACAGUACCCACUACAGUACCCACUACAGUACCCAUUACAGUACCCACUACAGUACCCACUACAGUACCCACUACAGUACCCACUACAGUACCCACUACACUACCCACUACAGUACCCACUACAGUACCCACUACCCCUCUGCCGACUACUGAACUGGACACUACAGCUACUCGUACUCGGACUACAGUGGAAGCUACCACGGUUGCCCUGACAACCACGAUGCCCACCACCACCUCCUCCUCCCUGGUAACGACCACAGUGAACAACAGGAUCAAUAAGGAAGUGACACACAGACAGAGAGGAGACGUGCACAUCCCUCGACAUCCCAGUCAGAACCACGUGUGGGAGUUUGACAUCGAGCUUGGAAACACAGCCGAGGACGCCAGAGACGAUCCCGAGGUCGGGGCUCUCCGAUGUACCUUUGAUCACGGACUGUGUGACUGGAUGUCCGACAGAGAAGGAGAUCUCCACUGGGAGACUGUUCACAACCCCGCAGGUGGGCGCUACCUGUCGGUGCCGGAGCUGAAGGCGGGUCAGAGGAGCGUCCGCGGCGCUCGACUGGCCGUCCAGAUAUUCCCGCCCUGGAGCCACGGCGACCUGUGUUUCUCCUUCUCUCAUUGGCUGACGGGGCAUCAGGUGGGCGUGCUGCAGCUGUUUGUCAGGAAAACGGGACGAGACCAAAGGUAUAGCCCCGCCCUCUGGAGCCGCACAGGUGGGCAUGGCUGGAGACACACACAGGUUACCUUGACGACGCGCUCUUUGAACAAGGUGCUGUUGAAGGCCGAGCGGAGGAAAGGACGGCGAGGACAGAUCGCUGUCGAUGAUGUCACGCUGAGACAGGGGGCGUGUCGAUGACAUCACAGCAGAGCGAGGACGAUUAAAGGACCUUCAGUUUCUUUUAAAGGAAAACAAACAAACAAACAAACAAACAGGGUCUCCGAGAGGAAGCAGCCGGAGGUUUACUUGCAGACGGACAGACGAUAAACUCGCUCUGAGAACGACGGGCUGAACUUUGACCUCUGACCUCCGUCAGUCGGUCAGUUUGUCUGCAGGUUCAAACAUUCAGUGAACUGUUGAGGUUAAAUAUUUGUUUCUGUUUCUAUUUGUUCUUUUUUUGGUGUUUUUCACUUUAUGUCUCACUGAUUGUUGUUUUAUAAACUCUUUACACACCGAGCGCAGCGACGUAACGGAGAUUUACAACCAGGUUAAAAAUGAAAAUACGUGUUUUAAUUUCAAACAUUAAUCCCCGGUACCGUCUGCAGUCUGAUCCAGGACCGGAUCAGGAUGUCGACGGAGGGUCAGGAUCUGUAGAGUGAUAUAUUUUAGGGAUUGUUGCAGCAUUCAAACGUCUGAUUUCACUGCAGCUGUUUGAAACUCGUUUUGUUGCAGUGAAAUUACAGGAAGUGAGAAUAAAAUUAAAGUGUUUGGAGGAUAAAUGAGACGCAGAAGAGUCGCUGUGAUUGGUUGGAAGAUGAUUAACGGACUUCCUGAAGGCCGGAGGUCUGAUUUCUGUUAAUAAAGGAAAACAAUCGACACUUAAAAGUUUAAUUUGACCAAAAACAUAAAAACAAUGAACAUUAUUAUAAUGUUGUUAAUAGAUUUCACUCAUAGUCUCUUCUGAACGACUCAUAUUGUCACAUACAUUUUAAUAUUCGGUCGAAUGCAGUUUUAUCUGAUUCUGUAAACAUGUUUGUUUUUACUGACAUUGAUUAUUUGUAUUGAUUAAGGUAAUAAUUCAAUCUGUCUGUCAGCAGUUCACAUCCACACACACACUUUCCUUUUCUGCUUAGUCGACUGAUUUACAGACGUUUAUCAUGUGAACACAUCACUGUUUGUAUUACACAUCAGUUUAUUAAGAGACAGAAAUAAUGUGCUCAGUAUUGAUCCAUCGUUACCGAGUUCACUGUUUGGGUUCAUUGUUCACUUUUAAUAUAUAAUAUACAGAAAAUAUGUUUAAUAAAUCCAGUCUUUCAUUCUU